CUUCUCCUCUACCUCCCGAAAGCUUCCCCCCAAAGCCGCUGAAGCUUCCCCCUUGAGAACCGGUAAAGAGCUUGAGUUUUCCCUUUCCUUUCUUGAUGGAGAACAAGAUUUAAACCCAUAAUUUCCUCCCAGCCAUUUGCACGUUAUGCUCUUCUUCUUCCUUGCCCCUGCAACCCGAAAAAGAAGCCAGCCCCCGGUGACAUCUCCCUGAGAAAACCGGCAAAGCUUGGUGAUUUUUCUCUUCCUUCUUGUUCAAGAACAAGCUUUAGGAUUUAGAACCCUCCCUCUGAAGCCAAAAAAUUCAGAUCUGUGGUUGCUUCUUCUUCCUCUGCCGCGGGUUGUUGCUGGGUGGUUUGGGAGUCCGGUUUUGCCCGUGUGUUCCUCCAAAAUUUUCCCCGUCGACUUCCUCACCGGCCAAGCCCAGUUUCUACUGCUAGAAAAUUCUGUAGGUGCUGUGUGGCUUAGAGCUCUGGGGUCGAGUUCCCGGUUUUAUGCGAGUGAGUGUGCUUGCUAGUGGGAGGUUUAGAAAUGCUAGCACAUGUCGACAUGUUAUUGAUAGAAUCGGUUCGUUCGAGUGACCUUACUAGUGGGGGUUAUACACCAGCAAAUAGUGUAGCCUACCAGUGGCAGGAUUCCGUGAGUUUCCCCUGCAGAUGCCGUCGGCUUCUUCUCCCUGCCAAGUCCGGUUCUUGCUGGAAAAUUCUGGUUCCCGAUCGUUCUGUCAGUUUAGUACGUGAAUUGAGUGCUCGAUUUUGCGGAGUGAGGUAAGUAAAUUUAUGGUAAUGCCCGUACUGUUUUAAAAGCAUGUUUUGAUUUGUUUUUGAAGUGGUGGCGGGACUAAACCCGUCUUACACAAGUGUGACUGAUUUGAAGUGAAAUGUUUUAUGCUUUUCAUUAAAUUGAGCCUGCCUACUUGAAAUUUAAGUGACUGUCCUGAUGAUCUGAAAGUGAUUGUGAAUUGUGAUUUUCCUGCUAGCCACUUGAGAUUUGACAUAGAUUUUAGAUACAUGUACACCACGCUCCUGUAAGUUAGAUUUUAAUUGGAAAUUUUAUGGUAUCAAAACUGAUUUUGUUCAGUAAGUUCCGAGCCUUGUGCAUUUGUGGGACCCAUCUCACGAGUGCACGAUGUCUGUCGCGCCUCGGAUUUGGGUUCUGGGGCGUGACACAGGUUUAUAA